AAACAUAAUACAGUGCAAACAAACCAAACCAACCACCCACAGAUAACAGUACAUACAAGCAAGCGUCGUCAGGCAGGCCGGGUCAAUAUCAAUUGGGCAGGUAGGUACAGGGGGAGCAAGCAGAGAAUGGUCGGAGUCACAGGCCAGGUUCAGCAGGUAGCAAGCAGCGUAGUACAGAGGGUCAGGCAGAGGGAUGGUCAGGGUCACAAGCCAGGGAUCAAAACAGCAGAAGUCAGCAGCAGUUCAGAUCAGGCAGGGUCAGCAAAGGGACAGAAACAGGAUGCAGGACAGAUACAGGGCCCAGGACAAACACAAUACCAAGGCAGAGUCUGCAAGUCUGGCCAUCCCUUAAAUACACCAGUAUCAUCAGUUCCAGGUGUUAGCUGGCUGAAAGGUUGAGUCUCUGAUUGCUGGGAGCACCCGCUGGCCAGCCCUGGUACUGCAGAUCAAAAGGCAGGUGAGUCCCACCAUUGCUGGCCAGUCCAUUCCUAACAAUACCUCAGUUAGCCAUCACCACAAGAUGAGACAAUACAACAAAGUAUGACCUAAAACCAGAAGGUUAAAAACAGACGUCAUGACCGGUCAUGAAUA